AUGAGAUUGAGUUACUCGUCGGUUUUAGCGAUAGCCGUUGCCUUAUUGGCUGUGAUUGCAGUUAAGGCUGCUGCUAAGGUCGAAGGAAGUAACGAGACCGCCUCGGCGGCAGGCUUGUACUGGUCAAACGCUCAAGAGGAGGGAGAUGUCGAUAUCAGUACUUUCGCCGGAGAGUGGAAUGAAGAUGAUGUCGACGGCGGUUUCUCAUCCCUCGACGGGAUGCUACAGUGGGCGAUAGGACACUCUGAUCCUUCUAAGUUGAAGGAAACGGCAGAGGAUGUCAAGCGCAAAUCUCCUGAUGAGCUCAAGAAACGUCAAGAUGAGAUUAAGGAAUUGAUUGAGAAGAUGAAGAUGCCGUCAGACGCGGAACUUAUGAAAAUUGCCAUUGAUGACUUAAAUAACUCGUCUUUGCCAUGGGAGGAUCAUCUUCGUGCUUUGCUGGAGCUUUCUGAACUGGUCGAGCCCAUAGAUAACGCAAAUGAUCUCCACAAACUUGGGGGUACCCUUGUGGUUGUGAAAGAGCUAAAUCAUCCUGAUUCAGAGGUUAGGACAACUUCGGCACUGGUUCUUGGCAAAGCCUGUCAAAACAAUCCUGUUGUUCAGAAGCAGUUUUUGGAGCUUGGUGCCCUGUCAGAACUACUGAAGAUGACAAAAUCCAAUUCUGUCGAGGAAGUCCUUAGAGCAUUAUAUGCUAUUUCUGCUUUGAUCAGGAAUAACGUGGUUGGACAGCAACUUUUUUAUGGUGAAUCCGGGGAUUUAAUAAUUCAGGACCUGCUGAGCAAAUCAAAUAUUGAUGUAAGAAUACACAAGAGAUCUGUGUCAAUCGUGAGUGAUCUGGCAGAGUCUCAAAUGGAAAAUCCUAGUUAUCCUGUACCACCCUUUUUCAGCAACCCUUUGUUCUUGAGGUCUGUGGUUGAUCUACUGGCUUCAAUGGACCUUGAUCUCCAGGAAAAGGUACUUCAUGCUGUAGAAAACCUAUUAAGGUUACAGUCUGGAGCAUCUAUAUUCAAGGAGUUUUGUGAGCUGGAUGCAGCUUUAGAUAAAAUGAAGGAACAAUUGCAGCGGUUGGCAAAGGAUGAUCAACAUGGCGAGCAUGCUACGGAUGUGGAAAUUCUUCGUAAACAAGUACAGCAGAUUUAUGCUGACAAGAUUAAUAAGGUAUUGGAAAGCACUUAG